CAUCAAUCAUAAAGGAUCAGGUGAGUCUCAAACUGAAAGUGUUUCAGAGACUUCUGGAUUCUGUUCCUGCAGGACAAGACCGUCUGUACUGCUGAAGUCAUGCUGAGCAUCUGAUGGUCUUCAGCGACACAGAGACACCAGAGCUGAGCUGUUUUCAGUGUCAGUUUAUCUGCAGUAAUGUCAGAGGAGCGAGGAAAGGACUCUCUCUCUAAGAUGAGUCUCUCAGAGAAACAGAGUGAAAGAUCAGACUCAGAUGUGUUCAGCUCUGUGUCUAUGAAGAGUGACCGGUCAAAAGGUGAAGGACCAUAUUUCAGUGAGAGAAAACCAUCAACUGACAAAAGUGAAAGAUCAGGUUCACAAGUGUCCAGCUCUGUGUCUGUGAAGAGUGACCGGUCAAAAGGUGAAGGACCAUAUUUCAGUGAGAGAAAACCAUCAACUAACAAAAGUGUAAGAUCAGACUCAGAUGUGUUCAGCUAUAUGACUAUGAAGAGUGACCGGUCAAAAGGUGAAGGACCAUAUUUCAGUGAGAGAAAACCAUCAACUAACAAAAGGCUUGAAUGGGAGACAUUAGACUCAGACAUUCAGACUCAGAGGAAACACAAGAGUUUCAGAGACAAUCUCCUAGAGAUCUUCCAGGAUCUUGAGAGCAAAAUAAUCAUAUUUCUGAAGAAUGAACUGGAAAAGUUUAAGAAAAUAUUACAAAAAGAGAACACACAACAAUUUGUGAAGGACUUUAAUGAGAAUGGAUGCAGUACCAAAACAGCAGCUCUUGAUCUCACACUGCAUUACCUGAGAGAGAUGAAGCAAGAUGAAGCUGCUGAUGCUCUAGAAGAUGAGCUGCUCUUCAUUAAUCAGCUCAAAUGUGGCCUAAAGAAAAAGUAUCAAUGUGUGUUUGAAGGAAUUGCGAAGCAAGGUGACUCCACACUUCUGAAUAACAUCUACACAGAUCUCUAUAUCACUCAGGGUGGCAGUGAACAGGUCAAUACUGAACAUGAGGUCAGACAGAUUGAAGUUGCUUCCAGGCGUCAUGAAUCUCAAGAGAUACAGGUUAAAUGCACACAAUUGUUUGAAGCUCCUGAACAACAUGAGGAGAUCCGAACUGUACUGACAAAAGGAGUCGCUGGCAUCGGAAAGUCAGUCUCUGUGCAAAAGUUUGUUCUGGACUGGGCUGAAGGAAAAGAAAAUCAAGAUAUCAGAUUCAUAUUUCCUCUUCCAUUCAGAGAGAUGAACUUAAUGGAGAAAAAAACACUAAGUUUGAUGGACCUUAUAACUCAGUUUUUCCCAGAGACAAAAGGACUGAACCUUACAAGAAGGAAUAAAUUCAAAAUCCUGUUCAUCCUUGAUGGAUUGGACGAAUGUCGCCUUCCUCUGAAGUUUGAUUGUAAUGAGUCGUGGCGUGAUGUAUCGUCACCAGCCUCUCUGGAUGUUCUCCUAACGAACCUCAUGAAGGGAAAUCUGCUUCCUUCUGCUCUCAUCUGGAUCACCACCAGACCAGCAGCUGCCAGUAAGAUUCCUCAUGACUGUAUCGACCGGCUGACAGAGAUACGAGGAUUCAGUGACGCUCAAAAGGAAGAGUACUUCAAAAAAAGAUUCACGGAUCAGAAUCAGGCCAACACAAUCAUUGAUCAUGUUAAACAAUCAAAGAGUCUCUUUAUCAUGUGCCACAUCCCAGUCUUCUGCUGGAUUUUAGCCACUGUUCUCCAGAACAUUCUGGAGGAGAAAAGAAAUAAUGAUGUGAAAAUCAAUCAGACUGAUGAGAUCUCUAAAACACAGCAGGAAUCAAAUACUGAAGACACUCCCAAGACUCUGACACAAAUGUACACACACUUUCUCCACUUUCAGAUCCAGCAGAGCCGCCGAAAGUAUGAUGGAGAAUACACAGCAGAUGUUUCCUGGGAUAAUAAUGCCAUCCUUUCACUGGGAAAACUGGCAUUUCAUCAGCUGGAAAGAAACAACGUGAUCUUCUAUGACACAGACCUGGAAGCCUGUGAUAUUGACGUCUAUAAGGCAUCAGUGUACUCAGGCAUGUGUACCCAGAUCUUUAAGGAGGAAACAGGGAUCACUCUUGGUACCAUGUACUGCUUUGUUCACUUGAGCAUUCAAGAGUUUAUUGCAGCCCUUUAUGCACAUCUGUUUCUAGACAUCAACAAGACAAGUGUGUUUGAUCACGAGUCUACAGAACAGGAAAACAAAAUUGAAACCAUGAUUGAUUUUCUCAAGACUGCAGUGGACAAGGCGCUCGAGAGUGACAAUGGACACCUGGACCUUUUCCUUCGCUUCCUCCUCGGUCUGUCGCUCCUGUCCAAUCGACGACUCUUACGAGGUCUGUUAUCACAACAAGAUGACAAUGACCAGAGCAGAAUAGUUCAGUACAUCAAGCAGAAAUUAGAAGAUAAUCUGCCUGCAGAGAGAUCCAUCAAUCUGUUCUACUGUCUGAAUGAACUGAAUGACCAAACUCUGGUGAAGGAGAUUCAGACCCACCUUAGCAAAGGAAGUCUCUCAUCUGGUGACCUUUCACCUGCCCAGUGGUCUGCUUUGGUCUUUGUGUUGUUGACAUCAGAGGAAGAGCUGGAGGAGUUUGAUCUUCAGAAAUUCAAGAAAUCAGACGAGUGUCUCAUUAGAUUAUCGGCAGUCAUCAAAACCUCCAGAAGAGCUCUGUAA